UGCUUUUGUUAGUUGGGGCCGCAUGCAUAUGACUCAUAUCCCAUACGUCAGAAGCAAACAAUGGUUUAGGAAUGCAUGGGUGUGCAUACGUCAGAGCAAACAAUGUUCCUAUAUAAGUGAGAUACCCCUUACAGCACUGCCAGAAGCAUACAAGACAGAGUUUAGUGACGACAAUCAACAUUACACUGGCUUUAUUUUCAAAUAUGGAGCCAACUCUAUCUUUGCUAAAAGAAUCUAUGUUGGGAAUCGACAGAACGUGCUCAAGCUUUUGAAGCAGACCCAAGAAAUUAAGUUAACUGUUGAAAGAACUGAAAAAGAAGAACUCGGACAAGAGGAAUUAUGGCAGAGAGGACUACAGAACAUCUAACAACCAACACCCUCUACACACCACCUUCAAGCACACCGGUAAGCGACGAUACAGACCCCCAGAUGGACGUAGAACUACAAUACACCCACGAAAAAAAGCAAUACACCCAUGAAGAAACGCAAUAUACCCACCAAUGGAGCAAGCACAAGAUAGAAAAAAUAAGAGCACAUAAAAAGUAUCACCAAGAAAUGGUAACAUUUCUUGGUGAGUUAGAUGAACAAGGCCCCAGCGUAUAUUUAUCAAUACCCAAAAAACCAAAAGGAAAUAUUCGAUCUCUAUUAGAUAAACAAACAACGUCUAAGCUUACUGGAAAUGAUCUGCAUCUAUAUUUAAUUGGUAACUUAAAAGAAGACUGUUCUCAGGAAAGCCACUAUCCUUUAGGUGAAUUAUCUGAAGUAAAAAACCUAGAGACAGCCCGUUAUUAUCUUGUAGCUGCCUAUGAUAGAGUUGCGCGACAUGAGGCCCUCACAAUCCGUUUUUAUCUAGACUA